AUGGCUGGCCCCGCCUCUCCCAACGAAGGCCCUACGUUCGAACCACCACAACUUCCACCUGGAUGGAUAGCGCAGUGGGAUGGUGCAAGCAAAAAAUAUUACUACGUUCAACUCUCGACCGGAGUCUCCCAAUGGGAGACUCCAACACAAGCUGCGCCGGGAAACACACCCGCUCAAGUCAACGAGCACCCGUACGGGAUACCUGGCCAACAAGAAGUCAUCACGCACCCGGACGGUACACAAACUGUCAAACAUCCAGACGGCCGGAUGGAACCCGUAUUGGCGCCCGAUGGUAGUCGAGGACUCGGUGGGCCAUCUGGAGAAAGGGGAUUCGGUAGCUUUGCUGCCAACACGUUAUUGAGUCAGUUCUCUGGAGGUCAUGGAAAGCCACAGAGUGGUAGCAGUCAUGGUUCGAGCGGCAUUGGAGGUAUUGCUGGUCAAUUAAUUGGUGGUCUUGGUGGAAGCCAUGGUGGUAGCCACGGAGGUUCGUCUGGUGGACAUGGCGGAGGAGGUCCCAGUCAACUUGUUGGCCAACUUGCUUCGAAUUUAUUUUCCUCUGGCAGCAAGCCUCAGCAACCACAGAAUUAUCAUGCAGGGCAGCCACACCAACCCCAACACUCAUCAGGUCUCGCUGGCUCUGUGAUGGGAGGCGUCGCAAGCAUGUUUGGAGGAACGCAUCAACCAGGUCAGAGCUAUGGCUAUUCGAACUCGGGCCAUGCGGGCGGAUACAGUGGUCAAGCUCCUCCGACAUCUUACCAGUCACCGAGUGCAUCAACACCAUCAUAUAGCGCUCCGCCUCAUCAACAGAGCUCUCCCUCGUACAACCCUCCUUCUGGUCAACAUGGAACGCCGCAAUAUCCACCUCCGCCCGGCCAGCAUGCCGCAACAUCAUAUCCUCCGCCUCCUGGCCAGACAGGAGGACACCAAAAUCCCUCCUAUCAUAGCCCGCCGCCCGGUUCACAGCAUCAAAACCCGCCUUAUGGUGGUGCCCCAUCAUCGGGCCACUCUAGUUAUGGACAUAGUCCAACUCCCCAAGCAAAUGCUUAUUCACAACAACCGCAAUACACGUCACCACCACCAAAUCAACCCCAAUACAAUGGUCACCAACAGUACCCUCCGCCUCCGUCUACGUACGGUAACCGACCGUACAAUGUGUCACCUCCAUCGUCAGGUACUCACGGAUACCCGGGACAACCCUCGUACGCGAACGCCGGGCCACCAGUUCCUUCGGGGACGCAUCCUCAUGCCCAGUCUGGGUAUCCCGGUAAUUGGUAA